CAGCUUUGCUCAGUCAAGUGUAACAUUGAUGGUGGACGCCCCUCACAAGACCUCGCCACAUCACUAUUCGUCAACGUAUCAAGACCCCAAGGAGAAACCUCACAAACUACAAACACACAAUGUCAUCUGAGCUCCCCCCCGACUUCCUCGCCCCAGAGGCACCCCCCAACGCCACACUCCGCAUCCUCGACUUCGAAAAGACCACGCCCCCGAUCCCCGCCUACAAGGGCCACUUCGCAGCCGUCAUCGACAACCUCUUCACAGAGUCCGAAUGCAGCGAGAUCAUCCGCCUCGCAUCAGAAUCCACCAAGUCCGCCUCAUGCCCGGAAGGCAAAUGGGCCCGCGCGAUGGUCAACGCCGGACGCGGCAAGGAGACGAUGGCGAUCGACACCCGCAACUGCGGGCGCAUCCUGUGGGACACCCCCGCUAUCGCGGAGAAGCUGUUGGCUCGGAUGUGGCCGUUCCUCGAGGAGGGAGGCAUUACGGAGGUUGCGAACCGGCCGGUGGUGACGAUGUUGGGGCCUGCGCGCCGCGGGGAGGUUUUUCGGUUGAGUGGGCUCAAUGAGCGGCUUAGGGUGUUGAGGUAUGAAGGGGGAGAUUAUUUCCGACCGCAUUGCGAUGGGAAGUUCGUGAGGGAGGAUAAGAGCGAGCAGUCGUUUUUUACUAUUCAGAUCUAUUUGAGUGGGGAUGGGGUGCAGGAUUUGGAGGAGCUGGGGAGGAGGAUUGAGAAGGCUGAGAAGGCGGAUGGGCUGUUUCGGGGGGAGGAUGGGAUGAUUGAUCUUUCUACUGUUGGUGAGGAAGUGAGUGGGGAUGAGGAUGGGGAUGACGGUGAGGGUGAUGGGAGACUGCUUGGGGGGGCGACGUCUUUCACGGAUGGGUUUGGUGCGAAGGAUGCUGUGAGGGUUUUUCCCAAAGCUGGAUCGGUUCUGGUCUUUCAGCAGAGGAGUUUGUUUCAUGGGGGGGAUGAUGUGUUUCGGGGGGUGAAGUAUACGUUGCGGUCGGAUGUGAUGUAUAAACUGGUUGACAAGUAGAAUACCCAA